AUGAAAAAAGAAACAACAAAUUUCAAUUUUGCUCGUGCAAUUGUUUUUGUUUUCAUACCUGGGAUAUGGGUUUCGUUGCGAUUAUCAAAGAGGCCACUCAAGUCAUAAUUAAAAUUCUAGUGAAGAAAGAAAAGAAAUUAGGCCUCAGCAGCACACCUUAGUAUUUUCGGCUGUUAACCCCAAGAAAAUGUCCAGCUAAUCGUAAAGAAGCCUUCGAAAAUCUCAAACCAAGUGCAAAACCUAAACCAUAAACAGAAAAAACCACAACAAAAAUGUUAAAAAGUGUAAAAAUAUUCCAAAGAAAAUAUCACCUCGCUGAAUUGUUGGCCAAAGUUACCUGCUGUAUAUUGUUGAUAUAUUCCAUAUUACCACAUCGCUUUGCUUCCCAUUAUGAUUACUUGAGUGCCGAGGACAUACCCGAUGCCUUGGUGUCGCAGGUGACAACAAAUAUUUCCCAACAACACAUGGAGGAGUGCCAUUAUGAGGAUAUUAUACAAGAGAAUCGUUUCAUGUACACGCCGCAGUACAGUGAUGAGGUCCUGAAGCCCGAAGAAAUAUUGCCGGGCGGCGAAUAUUUUCCAGAAGACUGUCGCGCCAAGUAUAGCUCAGCUAUUAUAGUGCCUUAUAGGCAGCGAGAGCAGCAAUUGCAUAAAUUCCUCUCCUAUAUGCACAAUUAUUUGAGGUUGCAAAAGGUACACUAUCGUAUCUUUCUGGUGGAACAGUAUGACCAAAAACCCUUUAAUCGUGCGAAACUUUUCAAUAUUGGUUCAAUGAUUGCAGCUGAAUUUGAAUUCCCAUGUCUGAUAUUGCAUGAUGUUGAUCUGAUGCCGUUGAAUUUGGGUAGUCUGUAUGCCUGCACAGAGUUGCCGAGGCAUAUGUGUGCCGCUUUGGAUAUGUGGCGUUUCCAUUUGCCCUAUCGUGGUCUCUUUGGCGGUGUUGUUGCCAUAAGGACUCAACAAUUCCGCACCAUUAAUGGCAUGUCGAAUAUGUACGAAGGUUGGGGUGGUGAGGAUGAUGAUUUGUUUGAACGCCUGAAGUCACGAAACAUCGAUAUAUGCCGUUUUGCACCACAUCUCAAUGAGUAUACAAUGCUACGCCAUAAACCUGAGAAAAAGAAUGAGAAUCGUGUAACCCUUUUGCGAUCGGGAGCAUUGCGUUACAACACCGAUGGUCUGAAUUCAUUGGUAUACACGGAGAAGGAUAGACGUAUUCAUAGUUUAUUUACACAUAUUCUGGUGCAGACAUAAGCUAAACUGCUAAGAAACGCCACAACAACAAGAAAUAAAUCUUCUAGUCUGCUCCAAUACACACGCCUACUAUUGUAAAUAGACUAUAAACUAUAUUUUUAAAAUUUAACUCUAGAUUAAAAAAAAAAACUUCAAGUAUUGUUUUUUUGGCGUAAGAAUUUAUUUAAAUGAAACUCAAGCGAACACAUUAAACGAAUUUUAUAAAAGUAAUAUUAAUAACAAUAAUGAUGAGGAUGAUAUUUUAUAUAAGAGAAAAGAAAAUACAUUUAAAUAAGCUCUUUUGUUAUCAUUUAGAGAUUAUUAUUUUUUUGCUUUUCGUGUAUGAUGGAGAGGACAAGAUGUGUCCUGUAUAAAAUCCUAGUAUUAGAGAGAGAGAGAGAGAGAGUGGUAGAGCGUAGUAGCCGUCUAGUGGAACCAAUUUAGUGCUAAAACAUAACAACGCUUUAAUAAUAACAAACAAACAAAACAAACAAAAUUCAAAUGAUUUAUAUUUAAUAACAAAACUUAGGCUAGUUAAUUAUUUUUAGAUAAAGAAAUUAUAAACACAAAAACAAUAUUGUAGCAAUGCUAUGCAUGCUGAAGGCUUUUUAAAUUGUUUUAAAUUUAAAAGGCCAACACAUUUUUAAUAAAAAAAAAAAAAAAAAAACGAAACACAAACAUUCAUACAUAUUUAUAUAUACAUAGCAUAAAAGAGAAUAAUGAUUAGUAAUACAUUUUUUUAGCCUACAGUUUUUUCAAUUAUUUGAAUACAAAGAAGAUUUUUAAUGCUAAAAUAACAACAAUAAUACCCCUCUUUAAUACAAAAUACACGUACACACACACAAAUUUGCAAUAAACACACCAACCACAACAGCAACACUCCAAAAGGCAAACGAAGGCAAUAAAAAUAGUAAUGAAAAGAAAAAUAAA